UCAUAAAAACGAAAAACCGCGAGCUCUUUGCGAAAGGAAGGAAAGAAGGCAGAAGGAAGGACAUGUAUGACGUUUUUCAGAACACACACACAUGCAUACAGGAUACAAGGCACAGCCAGCACUGACAUUCUCUGUGGUGUUGGAGGACUGUAACUGGAUUGAUUGGAUCAAGCUUUCGAUGUAGAAGCUGUUUCUUUCUCCCAUGAUUCCCUGGGAAGAGGAGGAGGGGGAGAUGAAGGAGGAGGAGGAAGCUGUCCUGGGACUCCAGAGAUGAGGAGGAGGCAAGAGGAGGCGCUGAGGAGGCUUGCAGGACAGGUAGUCUCAUAUCAUUUCUGCCAAGCUGAUAACUGUCACACCUGUCUGGUUCCGGAGUUUGUCCACAAUAUGGCGGCGAUGUUAAGCGACGCCCCUCAGCUGUUGGCGUAUCGGGAGCUGCUGCACCGGUCACCACAGCUACAGAGCAUGCUUAGUCUGCGCUCGUGCAUCCAGGAUCCCAGCUCUGCCCUCCAGAGAGGAAUACUCGAACCACUGGACGCUCUCUGCAGAGAGAGGCAGUUGCAGGUAGAUGGGGCGGGGCUUAUUAUACUGAUCGAUGGGCUGAAUGAGGCAGAGUUCCACCGGCCGGACUACAGUGACACACUGACUUCCUUCCUGUCCCGAAACAUCCAAAAAUUUCCUUCCUGGUUGAAGGUCAUUACCACAGUCAGGACCAGUCAGGAGGUAGACACACUCCACACACACACACACACACACACACAAGCAAAAACAGACUUAAAAAUAAAAAUAGGAACUUUUGUAUUCAGCUGCUGAGUAUUCUGGUACAUUAUGCAUAUAUU